AUGCCGGUGAUGCAGGUGAUGAAAGCAAUAAUGAGAGCCGCUCGACUCCUGGACAUGGAUAUCUGGGGUCCAAACUCAUCGAAUGAGACCAUCGAGCGCGCUAUACCCGGAACUGAGCGUAUUGGUGACGAGGCAAACUGCGUCGCUACCAAGCCUCCGUUAUGGGCGAUCAUGCGCCAUAUCUUGAUCAUGGAGAUGACCAAUUUCAGUGAUUAUCUGUGUUGA